AUGAAGAUUAUAGCAACAUUUGUGUUAUUCUUCGUUUCAACUUUGGCGGAACCGCCGAUAGAUAACCGGUAUCUGCCACCACAACAAGGCUUCAGAGGCGCGGCUGCAGCCCCUUCACAAACUUAUGGUGCCCCAGAUUCAGGGUUCGGAGGUCAACGGCAAACAGCUGCAUUAAUCAGAAGCCGUCCAUCUUCCACAUACGGAUCACCGUCGAGUCAACGGUCCAACGUUCGACGCCCGUCUACCCAAUACAGCGCACCGUCAUCCCAAUACAAUACACCGUCUCAAUUGUACGGCGCCCCAGCAUCUUCCCAAAUGGGGAGGGGCAAUGGCUUCAGCGGGUUCGGAGUUCAAAGCCCCGCAACACAGUACGGACUGCCUUCUAAUGCACCUUCUCAACAGUAUGGUGUACCUGACGUUAAUAGCUUCGGAUCAGCACAGACGAACGCAUUCGAAGGCGCACAGAGUAGGCAAUACCUCCCUCCUGGCAGAAGCGGUUACGCUGGAGAUGAUGGAAGCAAUAGCGAACCUGCAAACUACAAUUUCGAGUACAUGGUGAAAGAUGAUGCUUCAGGCAACGACUUCGGUCAUCGUGAGUCCAGGCAGGGUGAUAGAGCUGAAGGACUUUACUAUGUUCUGUUACCCGAUGGUAGAAAGCAGACGGUGGAGUAUGAAGCCGAUCAAGAUGGGUACAAACCGAGAAUUUCGUAUGAAGAUACGGGAUUAAGAACUGGAGGCUACGCUGGAAACAACCAAGGUGGUUAUUCCAGCGGAUAUCCGGGUCAAGAAGGACCAUAUUAA